AUGACCUCAGACCUCAAAGAUGUCCUUUUACCAUCAACUGUUUCUUCAAACUUGUCAUCAACUGAGUUUGAAGGUUCAGGAGCCACUGAUGAGGCAGAAAUUCACGAGACUGGCCAAACAUCAGAGCCAAUGAGACCUGCAAGUUCUUCACAUUCCACUUCAUCAACAAAUGAAUUGUUUUCAAGCACAGUGCAAACAGUAGAUACAGACUCAUCUUCUGAACAAGGUAGUGGAGACAUUUCAGAAAAUGAAGUGGCUGAAGAUGAUGGCUCUGUCACCAGGUCACCAAACAGUGGAACAAGUAGUUCAGAGAAAAGCACACCUGGAGAGGUAAACAACAUAUUAUCUGAUAAGCAUCACACCACAGCAAGACUUUCUGAUGUCACAGCUAAACCAAGUUCCACUGCUACAAGUGAAGAAAAACUAUUGGAAGAAAGAGUUGAGCAUACAACCCAAUCCAAACAAAAUUAUACAGGAUUCAAGACCACCACACAACCUCAAUAUGAUGGUUCUGUAACGUCCAGUAGUUUGAAGAGCAGCUCAGAGAAUGAUUCAGUUGUCAUCCCAUCAUCUGAUGAGGUUCAGGUAGUAAUUUUGUCUACUGCAACAGCCUCACCUUUUCUUCUGACACCUGAGUCUGAUAUAAAGAUUGUCAGUAAGGAAACUGCCUCAAGGAAACAAGAAGCAGCUGGUCAGAUUGAGGAAGCUGUAACUCUUACAACUGAGAUUCCAAUUCAAGAAGAAGAUCAGAUGACAUCAUCAGUACCUGCAACACCAUUUUCCUCCCAUGAAGACAUUUCUGAGGCCACUUUGGUUAAAAGCUCACCUCCAAGUGGACAGAAUGAAAGCACAACACACAGUACAGCAGACCUUCCAUACGCAAUGAUCGGACAGACAUUUGAUAUUCCAGAUGUUCAUUCCUGUUCUGAUGCUGUUUGCUUGAAUGGUGGUUCUUGUGUAAAAAUAGUCGGUGCUCAGAUCUGCAGCUGUCCACCUGGAUACAGUGGUGACCAGUGUGAAAUAGACACUGAAACAUGCAGCUAUGGCUGGCACAAGUUCCAGGGCCACUGCUAUAAAUUCUUUCCUCAUCGGCGUAACUGGGACACAGCAGAGCGUGAAUGUCGCCUCCAGGGGGCACACCUGGCUAGUGUCCUGUCCCAUGAGGAGCAGCAGUACACCAACCGCCUCGCCCAUGACUACCAGUGGAUCGGUUUGAAUGAUAAGAUGUUUGAGAAUGAUUUCCGGUGGACGGAUGGUAGUGUUGUGCAAUAUGAAAACUGGAGACCAAACCAGCCGGACAGUUUCUUUUCCUCAGGAGAGGAUUGUGUGGUAAUGAUCUGGCAUGAGGACGGCCAGUGGAAUGAUGUUCCCUGCAACUACCACCUCACCUUCACCUGCAAGAAAGGCACAGUGUCCUGCAGUCAGCCGCCUCUUGUCCUUAACACCCGCACAUUUGGCCUGCUGCGCCCACGCUAUGAGAUCAACUCACUGAUCAGGUACCAGUGCAUGGAUGGCUUCAUCCAGAGACAUGUUCCCACCAUUCGCUGCAGAGGAGACGGCACAUGGGAUUUGCCAAGGAUUUCCUGCAUGAGUCCCUCCAACUUCCAAAGGUCAUAUGCAAGGUAUCACAGAGUAUCACAGACUUACAGAGUUUUUCGCAGUCACCGGAAGAGAUCAGCAGAAACUUCUGUUGAUGUUCCCCGACGACACCAUCGCCAUGGUGUAAAACACAAACAGUUGCUAUGGUAACACCACCCUAACGCAAGGACCCUUUUAAUAUUUUUUGAUAGCAUAAGACAGAUCUGCCUGCUGGCUGAGAGAAAAGAUUAUAAAAGAAUAGAUUAUGAAAAGGACCAGAAAAAGGGUCAACACAGAGUGGAGUAUCACUGGAAUGAAACAGUGGCUUUUAUCUUUUAAGAGAGAUGGUUUUUAAGAACUACAUAAUGGACACAUAUUCAGCUGACCUCUGAAAACGAAAAGAUUAUCUGACCUGCCCUCUAUCUGUUCUGCUUCUUUUUGGGAAUACACAGUGCCUUCAUAAAUUAUAACUUUCAAUCCAGAUGUAAGUGAGCUAUAAUAGUGCAACUAGCAUAAAUAUUAUGGUUCAUGGUAUUUUAGCCUAUAAACAUAAUGGUACAUUUUGAUACACACUUUGCCGCAUGAUUCUUUGUCUUUUUUCAAGUUUACUAGAACCACAGGUGUAUGCAGGCAUCCUGCUGCUUACUGAACAAAUGAGAAAUCAUACAUAUGAAUGUGAAAGAAAAUAUAUUUAUAUAGGGAGAGUGAGCAAUGGCUCACAUGGAGGCAGUGUUUGUUGUGGUAUAAAAAGGCCAAUAAUCUCAUUAAAAAAACUGCAUCCAAUGCAGUGAAUGGUUUUGAUAUCUUAAAGUCAACACAAUAUGGUUUAAUACUUUCAAUACUUUGACUUUAAGCUAUUCAUUGAAAAGCCAUGCAGAUUUCAGGUUAUGAAUGCACAUUUCAAAUCACAUACAUUUAAUGCCACCACCAUUCAUCUAUAAACCAAAGAAACUUACUGUAUUUACUUAACAUCGUUUUCAUCAACUUUCAUGUUUUUUCACAGACAGUUUAAAACUACUUUAAAGAGAAUGUACUUUGUGAGAUGUUUAAAAGACUUGAAUGAAUGCCUUUUUAACAAUAAUUUAUGUAGCCUAUAAUUUAUUUCUCGAGCUGCUCCUUGUCUUUUCAUUGUUGUAGCAAAAUACAACACACUGAGGAUUUCACUUGGCCAAACUGCACAUUGACAGUGUGUUAAUAGCUGGUGUUGAUGUGGCUAAUAGAUGAAAUUUGGAACUCACAGAAUUUAGAUGGAUUUCAUUUUGACAUUUGAGGUGUAUCAAUGGACCAAAAGAAGAGGAUUCAUAGUAACAGCAUUUUUUUUUCUUUAAGAUCUUUUCUUUUGUGUGAUUACUUGUAUAUGUUUUUUUUAUU